AUGGAUAAUGGGUCAGAGGUCUUCGCGAAACUUCCGAAUCCCAACGCCGGCCCUGCACAUUUUUCCGUUGUUUCUGAGGUCGCCACUCGUGAACUACUUCGCGAUGUAUUCGAUAUUCCUGUUCCUCGGGUGUUGUCUUGGUCUUCCGAUGCAGCGAACAACUUAGUCGAGGCCGAAUAUAUUAUUGAGGAGAAGGCCCCUGGUGUACGACUGGGCUCUGUCUGGAAUCAGUGGCCUCGGCAGCUGAAGCUACAACUAAUAACUCAAGUGGUUGACAUGGAGAACAAGUUGGCCACCAUUACGUUUAACAAGCACGGUUGUAUCUAUUUCAAAGAAGACUUACGCUCACUUGUUGGGGAAGCAGAAGACAUUCAUUCACAGACUGUUGGAUCCGACGUCCUCGAACGUUUUUCUAUUGGGCCGUUGACCACGAACGAACUGUGGAGUGGAACUAGGAGGGACAUGAAUUUGGAUCGUGGCCCUUGGAAAAAUGCGCUCGAAUACACCCGUGCGAUGGGCCACAAUGAAAGAAUAUGGAUCAAGACACAUGCUCUUCCCCGAAUAAACUAUUACCGGCCGAACAAGAACAAAGAGCUUCCCGAAGAUGGUAUCUCGCUCUUGGAGAAAUAUAUGAAUGUCUCCUCCUAUCUUGUCCCCCAACCAAGCGAUGAACCUUCCUCUGCCAACGUUUUUUGGCAUCCGGACCUUCACCUGGAUAACAUUUUCGUUGAUCCAGAUACUUGUCGGAUCACCCGCAUCGUGGACUGGCAGUCAGCGUGCGUUGCUCCAUUGUUCUACCAAUCUGGCGUUCCCAGAAUGUGUAGACAUCCUCGGCCUGUUCGGGAAGGCUGGGUCGUCCCUGGACGACCAGAGGGAUUUGAGAGCAUGAGUAAGGACGAACAGAAGCAGAUUGACGACGAUUUGGAAAGCGAGACGAUCCACAAAUACUACGAGGCGCAGGUGUAUAAGCGAGCGCCUCUUCAUUGGGCUGUGCUCCAGCAACAGGCAAUCCCUAUCCUCCGGAAACCUGUUUGGCUCGUGACCGGAGUGUGGGAAAACCGAGACCUAUUCUUUUUCCGCGAAGCACUCAUGAACAUUACAGAUCACUGGAGCGAGUUUUUCCCAAACGCCCUUUGCCCGAUCGAUUUCAGCAGCGAGGACAUUGAGCUCCAGUCCAAAGAAGAGGAAAACAUCAAUGGGGUCGGUCGUAUGUUGUUACUGUUCCGAGAGCAAGCUGUACUCCCCGUGGAUGGGAUGGUUGAACCCGAUGACUACGAUCUGGCCCGUGAGAAUAAUCGCAAAUUCAAAGAUACGUUCAUUGGGCUGGCGAAGGAUGAAGAAGAAAAGGAGCUGUUCAGGAAUCUGUGGCCAUACCAGGAGUCUGGGAAUAUUUGA